CCUUGAUGUGGGCUUUCUGGAUGGUGCGUCUUUGGAGCGAUUCGAGCAGUGCCUGCGAGGUCUCCGGCAGACCAUAGAAGCUAGGGCGAAGGAGCACUCCAACAGUAGAGGUGGCGCAUUUAGUUGUACCACCACGGGACGAGCAGGGGAGCAGGUCAUCUGGCCGCGUUUCGUCCCGGCUUGUUCAUCCCUCCCAUGGGCGUUAGACAUUGAACGCGCGAUUGCGGCGCCUGAUGUUGGUGCUGCCCCUAGUGAUAUCGAAACGUCCAGGAGCGAAGCGGACGAAUCUCACAAGGCUGCUACGUUCAGUACUACGACCGGGCGGCCUAGUGCACCCGGUCUUAACACGUCAUCUGCGCCGGACGUCGACUGGGGAUUCUUUCUGCUGCCGGGGUUUUCCCAGGCCUUGCUGCUCGAUCGCAAAACCUUCCGCGAAACCCUUGAGAAGGGUUGCGUAAUUAGUCUCUUCGACGAUAGUGGAAUGCACGCUGUCACCUCCACCGGGCCGUCGACGCCCGCAUCCUCUUCCGCGGAAGCAGAAAGCAACAAGAAAGUUGCGUUUAACUGCAACGAAGAAUCUCAAUCUCCAACAAAAGCGACAAGUCCACUCUUGUCGAGGAACUACGAGAGGAACCUGAUGGACCACAGCGCCGAUAUAACUACAACGAGUAGUCAACAACAAGCAGGGUGCCGCCUACUUGAAGAAGAGCAUGAACAGCAUUGCUGGGUCGACUUUGAUCGGAAGAAGAUAAUUACACUGCAGGAUGAUGAUCCUGCUCGUGAAGUACUAGAUUCUUCGUGCUCGGACGUGCAAUUGCAGCUGCACACACUGGAUGGCGUCAUCGUAUUCCACGGCCAUCGCAUUUUCCU